UAUAAGGAACACAGGGUUCCAUUUAGGAUGCAAACUUUAAAGCAUGUGUAGGAGUCUGUUAAGAAAGCAGAAGUUUCACUGCCACAGUAUUUCCUACCUGUUCCUGUUCCGUGCAGGGUAUAACUGAUGUAGCAUAAUAACUGUAAAGUAAAUUACUCCUAAAGAAACAAACAAGUCAUGGGAAGGAAUCUCCCUAAUUAUGGCUACAUGAAGUUGAUUGCAAUGCCAAGGUUAUAGGGCUAGAGUUCUAGGCUGCAUAUGUUACACACAUAUUUCAUUUUUAUUAAAAAAAUAAAAAAUAGGUAUGCAAAGUACUCAACUUGGUUGUGCGGUCAGCCUGGUAAAUUUUAAAGGCAUCCUUUCAGAGGGUGUUAUAUUAGCACCGCGUACGGGGCAUGCGCGUUUCUCCAAGGCCAGUUUCCAUAGCAGUGGUCGCACCGCGAGAUAAGUUCUCCAACUUAUGAUGAUUGACUGACACCCACCGUGCGAGUCCCCUUUAUAUGGAUCUUACCUACGUUACAUUUUAUAUAGCCUAGUAGCCUUCCUAAUUGUUGCCUGCUCAAUUGAUUCAGUGCGCUUUUGCGUUUAGGCAAGAGACUGUAGUUGAGACAAAAGUCUGACUGAUUGGGUGAACCAAACAAUUAUGGGCAAUCAAGACGGUGAAUUCUGCUUCUUAAUUUGAGCAAAUAUUUAUUUUUGUCAUCACAGUGUGCUUUUCGUUUUUGAACGCCAUCCAAUAAAAAUGAGCUGUUUUGGGCGGGGGCUGAGGCGGACGGCCCCUGCACGCGGCAGCAGCAGGAAUGAGCUGGUGACCCCCUCGACUGCAUCUCUCUCCAGGGUUAACGGCUGGGCCUGUCCCCCUCACUCCUUCCAGCUGGUGGGAUGGACAAUAUACAGCUACAUGGCUGUAGUUGGCUUUGGGAUCUAUAUCCCACUACUACCUUCACCCUGGAGCCACAUGGCCUACUCUCUGACUGGUAUAGCCUUCAUUGUGCACCUGGUCACCCAUCUAGCUGCCGUGUCUAUAGACCCAGCAGAGGCAGGCGUCCGUGCCAAGAAGAGCUACUCCAACCCACUGCCUGUCUUCGACAAGAAGAAACAACCACAUGUUAUCCACAACCUACACUGCUACCUGUGUAAAAUCAAUGUGGACCCAAAAGUGAAACACUGUGGUGUGUGCAACAAGUGUAUUGAAGACUUUGACCACCACUGUAAAUGGCUGAAUAACUGUGUGGGGGGACAGAACUACUGGUACUUCUUUGUGACGGUGUUGUCUGCUACGCUGGGCGUCCUCGUGCUUCUCAUGGUCAUCCUGUUCAUCUUCAUCCAGCAUUAUAUGGACCCUGCCAGUCUCCGCACCGCACAACAGUUUAACAGUGUGAUGAGUAACGGGACGUGGCUGGUCUUCCUGUCUGUAGGUGUGUUGAGUAACGGGACGUGGCUGGUCUUCCUGCCACUGGCACCCAUGGAGACAAGCUCAGGGAGUCUCCUGGUUGUAGCCUUCCUCACGGUCAUGUUGGCUACUGGCUCUCUACUGCUGCUGGUUCACCUACUGGGCUUCCACAUCUAUCUCUUGUUAAACAAAAUGAGCACGUAUGACUACAUUAUAACAAGACGGCGUGGACAGGCCAGCCAGCAGGACAUAGAGAUGGGCUUUCCCCAGUCAUCUGACAGCAACGGCAACGCAGGACAGAAUCAUCAGCAAAUGGAGCCCCCCAUCGAUUGUGAUGCGUUGUUGUCAGACAGCGUCAGCUGCAAGAAUCAGGAAACAGGAACUAUUUCAAGUCGACUUUCUGGAUCUUUCUGUACUGAGUUGGACAACUUUACUAAAUCAUCAGAAAAGGAAAAUGGCUUUUACUAUGGCACAGAGCUACCCACUCAGAUUAUACCAGGUGAAGUGGUGAUGGAUGACCCCUUGGGCUGGAGGUUGGGUGGAGGUGGAGAGGGCCCCAGAGCAGGCCAGUGUGAGGGGGUCCCCUGCACUGACAGAGCUCAUCAGUAGCUGAUCUCUGAUGCUCUACAGGUGGUCACACACAGUACCUGAGGAACUAAAGGCAUUGACACGCCAUAGUGAACGUCGGCCGUGUGCAGUACAGCAGAUCACCUACUGGAUGUUGACUAACUGGGGUCGAUACAACAUGUCAAAUCUUUGGGAAAUAAACAAAAAAUGACUGUUGAUGUUGUCUGGUCAGAAGCCAUGGAAUCGGCCACCGACAGCAGUAUUUACACAGCACAGCACUGGAGAACAAAUAGAAUGUUCAUGCUGGAUUGAAACCACCAUGAUGCCUCCAACGGACCUCCUGCUGUUGCCUAUGACGAUCACCACUUGGACCUGGAAAUGGAACUUUGGAUUCCAAGCUUCUAAAAUGCAUCAUGGAAUGUUAUGGAAUGUGCUAGUGAAUAGAACACAUUGGAUGCAACCUGGAUUCCUAUGGAAGAGGACAGACAAUGUGAUUUCUCCAAUCUUGACUGCGAGGGGUGACAUUGGCUUUUUUUUUUUUUAUAAUUGACUAUUUUAAUAGUUAAUAGGAUAUUUAAACUGAGUGAUGGGAAGGACAUUUAUUUUGCAGCAAUUUUAUGUAUUUUAUCUGAGGAUUUAAAUAAUUGUUUUACUUAUGUUUUAUUGGUUAAUUUAGCCAUUUCAGAUCAUAAUGUUCUUGACAGAAUUUUAUAAUAAAAUGUGUAAACAUUCCGUACAAA